GCCACCACAGCCAGCGACUUGGAGCCCUUCCUGAUCUUCAUCAUCAUCAUCAUUAACAUCCUCUCCGACUCUUACAGGGUCAGCAGGUGUUGAUGAGAAAUGCUUGUGUUGAAAAAAACAACAACAGAUCAGGUUUUGAACAUCAAUAGGAAGCAAAGAAAAUCUUUCCAUCUCUGGUGGCGUAUGAGCUGGAUAAUGAGAUGCCUGUUGACUACUUUGGCUUCACGAGCGGAGGAGGCGGCGACAUCACCAUCAUCACAACCACGAGCAUCAAGCUGAGCAUCAGCAAGCCGAAGUGAGGAACCAUGAAAGACAGCUACGGAGGAUAUGAGAACCAGCUUUUUAAAGAAGAGGAGCUCAAUGGCGAGGAAGAGGAUAUCCCUUCGUUCAGAGGUCGCACAAGAGGAGGAUGUGUGAGAUGCCAGCAGAGCCAUUCCCUCCAACUGGCUGUCAAAGUCCUUUAUGCAAUAGUCGUGUUCCUCAUCAUCACUGUCGUAGUUCUGGCAUCACUAGUUUUUAGGAAGGUGGACUAUCUUUCUGAAGAAGAGUUAGUCUAUGAAAAGAAGAUCACCAGCGCUCAGAAAGUCAUGGAUGAAAUCAGUAACUGCUCAGGCUGUCUGGACGUGACCCUAUACAGUGAGGAGAUAAGUCGACUCAAGCAGGAGUUCGAGGACAUCCAAAAAAUGUUACUGGGACAAGAGCAGGUCUUGGAUCAAGCUUCUCAAACCCAAACCAAGCUAACAGCCACCAGUAAACAGCUUAGCACAGAUAUGCAAAGCCACGUGAUGUCCAUUAAAUUUCUCAACCAGUUGCUGGUGGGAUACCAAGACCAGGUGGAUGGCUGGAAGGAUGUGCUGGAGGAAACGGCAGAGCGAAUGAAAACUCUGACAGAGGAUCAGUAUGAUGUCAAAGCUACUGCGCAGCAAAUCAACACCACAGUGGCACUUAGUACUAUGUGGAUUGAUGCCCUGCAGAGAAAAUCAGAUGAGGAGACUCUGGUCCUUCAGAAGUUGACAAACGACUGGCAGAACUACAGUCAAGUUCUGGGCUUGAUUAAAUCCAAUGCGAGCAGCAACACCCAAAUCUUACGGUCCCUGCAAAAUAAUAUCAUCGCGGACCACCAGAGAAUCUCCAUGUCCUCGGAGAUGUACUACGAGCUCAGUCAGCAGGUAAUGAACCUCCAGGUGCAACUCGACAACGUCACAUCUUUCAUGGAUGAACAUGAGGAGAACAUGCAUGACCUGCACUACCAUUCCAAAUACUACGAAAACCGGACUGGAGAACGUUUCUCUGCCUUGGAUGGGCGUCUGAAUUCGAUUGAGAUGGAAAUAGAAACGAUAUCGUCCAGCAUCAAUGCCACCGUCAGUCAUGUCCAGAGCAUGUACAAGUACAUCAACAUCGAGAGCUCCACUUGCCAGAGUCGCCUAAGCAGACAAAUAGAAGAUAUGCAGAACUUAAACAGCAGUAUCUUGUUACUACUUACCUCGGCGGACGCACUGAAGCAGGAGAACACAUUGUUAAAUGUCCGUUUGGAUAUAGAUGUCAGGAACUUGUCCAUGGUGAUGGAGGAGAUGAAGUUGGUGGACACCCACCAUACACAACUGAUCAAGAAUUUCACAAUAAUAAGAGGUGCUCCAGGACUGCCCGGCCCUAAAGGUAACCGUGGAGAGACUGGCUCAAAAGGAACUCUAGGACUGACCGGCAGCAAAGGUGAGCGAGGCCCAAUAGGAGGCCGUGGCGUGCAAGGAGAAAAGGGCUCUUCUGGGCCCAGAGGCGCAUCUGGUCAAUAUGGCCCUGGUGGCAACAGAGGGGCGAUAGGUGACACAGGACCCAAGGGCGCCCCUGGUCAACCAGGACCACGUGGUGAAAAGGGCCAGAAAGGCGAUAUGGGUCCACUUGGUAAAAGUGGACUCCCAGGAACGAGAGGUCCAUCAGGGAUCCAGGGCCAAACAGGACUACCGGGUAUAAUUGGACCACCAGGGCCUAAAGGGAAACCAGGACCAGCUGGGCCUCCUGGACCACCAGGAACCCCUGGAUCUCCAGGAGUGCAACAUUCCCAUGAUCAAUCCAGGACGCAGCAGAGUAGCCAAGGGGCUACACAGUAAGGACUCAGAAGAGCUAAGAAACAAUUGAAGAAGUGCUUCUCAAGCAAAUGCCAAAGACCUGACAUUUGAAGAUGAUGAAGAUGAAUUUUCUCAACAAUGGUAGAUGGCACUAACUACAGACUGAUCAUCAUCAUACACAUUGUGGUCGGUACUGAACUUGAAUGUAGAGGGGGGGGGAUGAAGAUUGUUGAUAAUCAAAAGUGGUCUACAUCUAUGAUAUAUAUGCCGACACACCUUUCUUUGAAGGGUGGCACUUUAAUGGUUCGAUCUUAGAAAAUGAAUAAAUUUGUCAUUUUGUGGGUCUUUGGAGCAGGUACUCCGAAGAUGUGUUAUGUGUUAAACAGAUGAUUGAGGAAUUUAGAAAUAAUUAAAAAUUGUCUAGUACAAUGCUGUUUAAAAGCUAAGGUAAAUGCCACAAUGAGUUGACAACAUUUGUUUUUUUAUUCAGUUGAAUUUGUGAACAAACGUCGUUGACGCUAAGGCUAACCUCUCACCACGAAUGCUGUAGAUAGCAUAAUUCAUAAUAUUGAGCCUUUCUCUUCAUAGUUUUUGUCAACUGACUGAAAAGUGCACCAUAUAUUCGCACAAUUUGUACUUCUGCUGCGAUAAAGGAGUUUCAUGUUACACUAGAAAAAAUCUUUUAUAUCAAAGAAAUAAAAAAAAAAAUACCAAUAAAGAAUCCUACUAUUUUUUUUAAAACGGAGUGUUGUCAUGAAAUGCAACUGGCUUGCAUUGAACAAUAAAAGUAGACAUUUAA